AUGGUAAACCACCGCAUUCCGUCGGUCUUCUCAAAGACCUAUGUGACGCCACGUUAUCCGUUUGCAAAGUCGCGCCUGGAUGCGGAAUUGAAAAUCAUCGGACAGCACAGUCUGCAUAACAAGCGCGAGGUAUGGCGCGUCAAGUACACGCUGACCAAGAUCCGUAAGGCGGCCGGAGAGUUGACGACCCUGGAAGAGAAGAACGACAAGCGUCUGUUCCAAGGUAACACCCUGGUUCGUCGGCUGAUCCGUAUCGGUGUGCUCGACGAGUCUCUCAUGAAGCUCGAUUAUGUGUUGGGUCCCAAAAUUGAAGAUUUCUUGGAACGCUUUCUGCAGACUCAAGUGUUCAAGCUAGGAUUGGUCAAGUCGUACCAUCACGUUCGUGUUCUGAUCCGCCAGCGUCACAUCCGUCCAGAACGCGUCAAGAGGAAAAACAUGCAGAAGGGUCGGGGAGGCAGCGGUGAAGCUGAAGAGGAAGAAGAGCUACAACUCAUUCUCAAUGCAUCUUACCGUACCAACACCAAACACUUCAGAGCAUUCCAUCUGUCGUUAGAGCUCACUCAACACGCCCCACUGAUCGACAACAACAAUUCUCUGAGUCACCACGAACCACAAAACACUCAAACACGCCUUUGCUCCCUGACCGAUAUACUACAAUCUACCAUCAAAACGUUCGUGGAUUGCAAACCAAAACAGCUGACUUUUACUUGGCGCUUUUGA